UGAUAACAGCAUUUUGACAAGCAUAUAGAACGUGUGAAGGCUAAUGUGAUAAAAUAUAGUUAAACCGUCUGACAGGUGUUGUUAAAAACCGGACUUUGCUUCACAACCGAACGACUUUGUUGAUAAUACACUACAAAUAAACACCGUUGAAUGACUAAAAUAAGUUUGGAGUUAUUAUCCAGGACGUCAUACACUUCAUGAAGUUUCGAAUUGGGAAAACUUGUGUACAGGAUAGAAGAGUCAAAUAUUUUAAUACUACUGCAAGAUGAAAGAGUCUUAGAUUGUACCGCGCCUUGCUGAAUUCCACCGCUGCCACCAAAAAUAAUGUCACGUACCGGGGGUACGGGGUAGGUUCGUACCAGAGUUGAAAUCGAAUGAAUAAGUGGUCACCCUAAGAUUAACGACGAACACCAAGGGCUUAAGGGCUUGUGGUCCUUAAUAAAAGUAGCAAGGUUAAAGCGGUGAACAAUGGAUGCCAAAGAAGAUGCCUUAUUCCUCUACUUUUAAUAAAGAUCCAAUAUUAAUAGCGAAAGUCUGAGAAUGAAGUAUAAAAGUACCAGAGGAGGUGUUUCUGGAUUAGGUUUCCAAGAUGCUCUAUAUACAGGUUAUGCAGCUGAUGGGGGAAUAUUGGUUCCUGAAAGUAUACCCGUUUUAAAUAUGGAAACGCUCAAAUCAUGGGCUUCAUUGUCAUACAUUGAUUUAGCGAAGAAAAUAGUGCCUUUAUUUGUUGACGAAGAUGAAAUACCAGCUUCAGAUUUAAAUGGUCUUUUAGAAAAAGCAUUUGCAAAGUUUACUCACCAAGAGAUAGCCCCAAUACAGCGGCUUAAAAAUGGUUUGAAUAUAAUGGAACUGUUUCAUGGUACAACUUGGGCGUUUAAAGACUUAGCUCUCUCAUGCGUAGGACAGUUUUUGGAAUAUUUUCUGUCGAAACAGAAGAAGCACUUGACAAUUGUUGUUGGAACCUCCGGUGACACCGGUAGUGCAGCAAUAGAAGCCGUUAAAGGGUUCGAAUACGUUGACAUCAUUGUACUUCUACCAAAAGGUCGAUGUUCCAAAGUCCAGGAACAACAAAUGAUAACAGCUGUUGAGAAAAAUGUACAUGUAUAUAGAGUGGAAGGCACAUCAGAUGAUCUUGAUAUUCCAAUCAAAGAAGUUUUUAAAGACGUUACUUUUACUAAAAAGCACAACCUGUCGUCUAUCAAUUCAAUAAAUUGGUCUAGAAUAAUGGUGCAAAUAGUUCAUUAUAUUUAUGCUUAUUUACAGAUGUGUCCACGUUGUGACGGAGAGGUUGAAAUAAUAAUUCCAACUGGAGCAUGUGGAAAUGUGACAUCUGGGUUUAUAGCUAAACUAAUGGGUGUUCCAAUCAAAUUUGUCUGUGCUGUUACACAGAAUGACAUUGUUGCCCGGGCGAUAACUAUAGGUGAUUAUUCAAUGUCAGAUAGUGUUAUUCCUACACUAGCUCCAGCUAUGGAUAUACAGAUUCCAUAUAAUAUGGAAAGGUUGUGGUACCUGAUAACACAAGACAGUGAACUGAUUUGUAAAUUAAUGACCGAGUUUGAAUCCAAUGGCAAAGUCAAUAUCCCGACUUUCUUGAAAAAUCAGAUUGAAGAAAUAAUCGUAGCCACAUAUGUAGCUGACAAUGAAGACAUUAAGACAACAAUGAGAAGGACAUGGGAAGAGAAUCAUUACCAAAUAUGUCCACAUACAGCCAUCGGUGUGGCUUAUUAUUAUAGCACAUUUAAACCAGACCAUCAAAGAACAACUGUGGUAAUUGCAACGGCUUCUGUGAAGAAGUUCGAAGAGGCUGUCGUUGCUGCAGGUUUAACGCCACAAAAAUACGAAGAAGUCGAAGUUUUAUUCAGUAAACCUGUCAAGUACACAGACAUGAACAAAGGAGAGAAUUGGGAACUUAUCCUAAGACACAAAAUUGAAGAUAUUGAUAAAUGAUUGUAAAUUUAUAGUCAAUGCAUGAAGACGUUACCAAUGUUGUUCAACGUUGUCAAGACAAGGUUUCCUAAAAUGCAGGAUGCAAUAUCAAAUGUAUUCAUUCAGAUUAGAUAACAAGUAAAUAUUUAGUGAAGCA